AUGAAACCUCUGCUGGUUCCAGCCGUCUUGGUCGCUCUGAUGCAACUUUCUCAGAGCUUCUCCGUCUGGUACCACAGAGGCUGGUUGCGACUGCUCAGAGAAGGGGACAGCUGUGGCAACUGCGAGCCAGAACGGUGCGCCGUGCCGACAAACUGCCGCGCCGGAACGGUGUUAGACUCUUGUGGGUGCUGUCCUGAGUGUGCAAACUCAGAAGGACAAAUCUGUGACUUGGAUGCGAGGAGUAAUUUCUACGGCCACUGCGGAGACAACCUGGAGUGCCAGCUGGAUGUUGAGGACAUUAAAUCUGGAGAAAUCCCUGAGCCUCAGUGCGUGUGCACAUCUCAGGAAAGUGUUUGUGGACCUGAAGGGAAGACCUAUGAGAAUAUCUGCCAGUUCCAUGAAGCUUAUGCAGAGAAGGGGGCCAACGAGAGCAUAAAACACAAAGGACCCUGCGAAUCAGCUCCUGUUAUUUCUUUGCCACCUCGAGAUACCCAGAAUUUCACAGGAAAUGAUGUCAUUUUUGGCUGCGAGGUGUCUGCCUUUCCCAUGCCACACCUUGAGUGGAAGAAGAAAGGAAACCAAAUGUUUUUGCCAGGAGACGACGCUCAUAUUUCCAUCCAGGCAAGAGGUGGGCCCCGAAAAUACAGCAUAACUGGGUGGUUACAAAUUCAAGGAAUCAAGAAGUCAGACCAAGGCAUCUACAUAUGUCAAACAAAA